GCGCGGCCUCCCCGCCUGCGCCGUGCGCAUGCGCCGCAGCGGGUGCCGGCUCGGCGGGGCCAUGGCCGUGGCUCUGGCUCUGGUUCUGCCGCCGCGGCUGCUGCGCGGCGCGCCCGGGGCAGCGAGGUCGUCUCUGCUUUGCAGCUUUCUGAGGAGCACCAGCUCUAAGACAGGAGGAAGAUCUGAACCUGCUAAGCAGUCACUUAAGAAACCGAAGUUACCAGUAGGUCGAUUUGAUGAACCAGAGGAGUCCAGUAUAGAAAGGGAACCCCUGGAGAAAUUCCCUGAUGGAAUCAAUCCUGCUACAAAAGAGAGGGGUGGACCUAGAGGCCCUGAGCCUACACGUUUCGGAGACUGGGAGAGAAAAGGACGUUGUAUAGAUUUUUAAUGUAUAAAUGUGUAUUGGCAAUAAAAUAUUUCUGGUGGUUGAGAAAUACAAUGUACAGAAAAAUCUCACCUGGAUUUGUUGUAAAGCUUCUUGUUUCUGUCAUGCUUCUGAUUAAUUGUUUGAAGGAUGUUAUGUAAAUAAACCUGACGCUGCAACUCAAA